AUGACGCUUUGGAGUAGUACGAGUUUGCUCGGGCUAACGAAAGCACGUCUAAGUUAUGUGGUCAACGUCUUGCAACAUGUAAGAACCGCUACAAAAAAAGCUGCAGGAUCCAGAACGUCUAUGAAAGACUCAGCAGGUCGUCGUUUGGGACCCAAAAAGAACGAAGGACAAGCGGUUAAUCCUGGAGAAAUUCUUAUGAGGCAGCGUGGAACUAAAUUUUUCCCCGGCGAAAAUGUCGGAAUUGGUAAAGAUCACACUAUCUUCGCGCUGGAGCCCGGAUUUGUGCGUUUUUAUUUGGAUCCCUUUCAUCCUAAGCGAAAGUUCGUGGGUGUAGCACUUAAGGAGAAAUCCAAACUCCCUACCCCGCACUUUGCUCCCCGUGUAAGACGCUUCGGACGCCAGCUUAUAGAGAAUCCUGAGAUGGCACAGAAGGAAAGCAAUUCGCUCUCCAGAAAACAAUACUUGGCCCGGGACUCGAUUGCUGAUGGUAUUGAAAAGCGUGAAAGCAGUAGACAAGCCAUCUCCCUACAGUUUUCAAAAGUUAUCAGCGAUACCCUUGAUUUGGGUUUCGACAACAAUGUCGCAGGUUCUGCUGUCGCCUAUCUCAUCCGCCUACGUUCAAGCCUCAAAAAUGGAUUCAAUCUGGCAGAUGCUCAAUUCUACGCUCGCCAUUACUUGGAGCAAGAAUUGGAGUUGCAGGCGAAGCGUGAAAGCUGGACAGACGAAGUCCUUUCUACCAAGUUGCGCGAGCUUCACGGAAUGACAACUAAAAUUGACCAUUCUACCUCUUUCAACAACAGACUUGAAUUAAUAAAGCACAUUUCGCAAUCUGAGCGUGGUGAGCGCAAAGCUGAACUUCUCAAAAGACUGUCAGAGAUGAAAGUCACCACGUUAAAGGAGAAAAGAGAGAUGGAGAAACUCUUCCAUUCUGCCGCUGAUUUUUUGACAAGAUCUGAAGAGGUCCUUAUAAGAAGACGGUUUUUGAAACCUGUCCUGCCGGAGACUGAAGCUACGGUUGCUAAUACUGACAAGAACUUUAACGUGCAAAAGAGAUUCAAUCAUAGCAGAAGAACCAUUGACUCCAUACCUAGAGCUAAAACUGCAUUUUUGAGCAAGCUUUGA